CAAUUUAUUUACAGUUAUGAUAGAAAAAUGAGUAAAAAGUACAACAGCACAAAUAUCAUACCAAGAUAAUUUUCCACCGAUUGGAUCACUGCGUACCACCGAUAAUUGUCCAAGAGUGAGCUAAUUUUUUGUAUGAUACUCAUAAUGCUUUCCCUUUAUUAUACAAAAUUACUUUAAAAAGUGUUAUGACGAACAAUAUUCUUAUUUUAGGUUACAUUGGUAGAGACCAAUGGAUAGAUGAUAAAUCAUACAAUAGUAUACUAAAAAAUUGUAGCACUCCACGUCAGUGUGCUAGUAAUAUAUUGACAGCAGUCUUUUUAGAAGAAAUAUUAUUGGUCAGUACAAGAACAGGCUUUGAAAGUAAUAAAAAAGGAGGGAAAAAACCGUGUCCAAAAUUAGAUGAGAUCAAAUACGGUGCAUGCGAAGAUUUUUAUAUUUACUGGAUGAAGAAUGUCUAUAAACCAAAUAAAGAUCAGAAGAAGAAUUACUUAUCAGAGUUACAUAAAUUUGAUUAUUUUAUCGGAAAGAAGAUUUCGGAAUUAAAAAGGCCUGCGCGGAACAAUGAAAGUGUUAAAUUACCUAAUGAAACGUCAAAGAAACGCCGUAAACAAGAAAACGAUAGAAACAUAAGCAAUAAAGAACGCAGCAAACAUUCAACAAAAUAUGAUGUAAAUGAUUCCAGUGAAAUUAAAGAAGAUAAAAUGAAAACUUCACAAGGAUCAGAAGAAAUGGAUGCACAGGGCAAUAUAAUGCUACAACAAGAAAGAGAUCCCGAGGAUAUUAUCAUUAUGUCAUCAACAUCGUCAUCAAAAACUACUCCACAACUUGAAAAUGAUGUUUUUAAUGAUUCUUUUUCAUUAAGUAAUAAUGAUAUAUUCGAUGACAACAGUGAAAAAGCUGAUGAUGAUGUAACAGAUGAAUAACUAAGAUUUUUGCUAGGGGGAUUCAAUGAUAUGUUAAAUAUUGAUAACAAUACUUAUGAUUACCUAACAUGUUCGUUAGGUAAUCAUAAGUAUUGUUAUCGUUAAGUUCAGAAUAUAAAACUGUAUCGUUUAUUUCCAUUUAAAUAAACAUUUUAACAAAUAUCUAAUACAAACAAUUGUAAUGGAAUUAUAAUUAAGUAGUACAUAGUUUAGUUUAUACAUACGCACACGCGACACACGCACGCACACACACACACACACACGCACGCGCACCCCCCCCCCCACACACACAAUAUUUACCAGUAUUUUCGGAUUAAAUUCUACUUAUUCCGUUUAUUUUUACUGGACAGCACCUAGAAAUUUUUUUUCUAUUUGUUUUUAAAGUAUUUGAAUUAUUGAUAAUGCAUGAU